UCUCUCCCCCUCUCUCUCCCUCGCUCUCUCUCUCUCUCUUGCAUCAAUCUGAUGCUGCGUGAGGCGGCUCUGCUGAGGCGAUGAUGCAUCGGUGGCGUUUGACUGUGUGAAAUCGCAUCCUCCAUGGAGCCGGAUCGGACCGAGGCAAUGUAAAAAAAAAAAAAGAAGAAAAAAAAAGAAAAUCCAACCACCGAGCCGCUUUUCUGUUUUUUAUUUGCUGGGGAAAAAAAGACAGAAGAAGAUGCCUUAUUUCGACGCGAGGUGCGAGGAUGCCUGUAGCUGUGGUUGUGUCAUUGCUGCGGCACAGUCCGGAGCUCCCCAGCUCAAGUCCGACACAACUCAUCUCAGCUGAAGAGACGAGGAGCGAGCAGGCAAGUGCUUCACCAGCCUACCUCAGCUAUCCAGGAGCCCGUGCAUGUAUGUGGGCAGAGGCCGAGCGAGUGACACCCUGCAGGGAGGCAUCUCUUUGCACCGUGGGUCUGGGGCUUUCCAAAAACUGCCACCCCCUCCCACCCGUCUGAGGACUGCUGCGAGCUUACAGGCUUCCUGAUGCUUUUUGGAGGGCAGCCCCGAUGCAUCUUGCGAGUGUGAACAACUCUGAGAGCCCCUUGCCAGGUUUGCAUCGCCAGACAGGAGCCAGAGCAGACGGUAACUCUGUGUGUGUCAUGUUAGAGGCUGAACUCCUGCCUGCACCCUACAGCUCUGCAGCCAAAAUCUCUGACCUGCCCUGUCUGACUGAGCCCUCUCCUGUAUGAGCAUCGCCGCUCAGCCACAACGGUGCAACGACGGGAAAACAGUGUGAAGCAGCUCCAGCAAUUUGCAGACAUUACUGUUUGUUUGACUUUCCUGAAUAAGCCCCCCCCUUCCAGCUUGUCUCAUCAUCACCCCACCCCAACUUUUAAAAUAAUUGACACAAGAAAGCAGGGUCAGGAUGCAGGUGUCCUUCGCCUGCACCGAGCACAACCUCAAGAGUCGCAGUGAGGACCGACUUUGUGGCCUUCGCACCGCUCCACCUCCUGGGGGAAGCAGUGGAGGAGUAGGGGGCGGUGGCGGUGGAGGAGGAGGCGGUGGUGGCGGCGGAGGAGGUGGUGGUGGAGGAGGUGGAGGUGGUGGACAAGGGAGCAAUGGUAACUACACCUCCCAGGGCUCGGUCAAGACCAGGGAGGGGUCCGGGUCCCGCCAGACACCGCAGGGCCAUGCCCACAUGAAGGAGGCCAUCGGGCGCCACACCAGCAUGAAGUACAGGAAUCUGGGAAAGUCAGGCCUACGCGUUUCCUGCCUCGGGUUAGGCACCUGGGUGACAUUUGGAUCACAGAUCUCUGAUGAGAUGGCCGAGAACCUGAUGAACAUAGCUUAUGAGAACGGAGUGAACCUCUUUGACACGGCGGAGGUAUACGCCUCUGGAAGAGCGGAAAUCACUCUGGGGAACAUCAUCAAGAAGAAAGGAUGGAGACGUUCAAGUUUUGUCAUCACAACAAAAAUCUAUUGGGGAGGCCAAGCUGAGACAGAGAGAGGACUCUCCAGAAAGCAUAUUAUUGAAGGUUUAAGAGGAUCCUUAUCAAGACUCCAGCUCGAUUAUGUGGACAUUGUUUUUGCCAACAGAAAUGAUGUCAACAGUCCGAUGGAAGAGAUCGUACGGGCCAUGACCUUUGUAAUAAACCAGGGUAUGGCCAUGUACUGGGGAACCUCACGCUGGAGUGCCAUGGAAAUCAUGGAGGCGUACUCAGUGGCACGCCAGUUCAACCUGAUACCACCUGUGUGUGAGCAGGCCGAGUACCACUAUUUCCAGAGGGAUAAAGUCGAGGUGCAGCUUCCCGAGCUCUACCACAAGAUCGGAGUUGGAGCUAUGACCUGGUCUCCACUUGCUUGUGGACUAAUCACAGGGAAGUACAGCGAUGGCGUACCCGAGUGCUCCAGAGCAGCAAUGAAGGGAUACCAGUGGCUGAAGGAGCGAGUUAACAGUGAGGAGGGCCGCAGACAGCUCGCAAAAAUCAAGGAGCUCCAUCUACUGGCCGACAGACUGGGCUGCACUGCUGCUCAGUUAGCCAUAGCCUGGUGUCUGCGUAGUGAGGGAGUCAGCUCUGUACUUCUUGGAGUUUCCAAUACAGAACAGCUACUUGAGAACCUGGGUGCCCUCCGGAUUUUAUCCCAAAUGACCCCGCAAACCAUUACCGAGAUUGAUGCCCUGCUGGGAAACAAGCCACACUCCAAGAAAGAGUCACGUGCCUGAAGAUGCAAAUCUGAGUGACGGACGAUGUUUCAAGGAGACAAAGACGACAAUGACACCGGGAAACAUCACUUUUUGCUCUGCUGUAUACUCAACAACUUGCAUGUCCUCGGCAACAUUACGCUUCCAGUAUGUGCGCAUAUCCAUUUUGCGCAGUACAUUGUUAUCAUGUAUGAAAAAAGAAAAAAGUCUUUCAAUUGUGGAAAAAAAACAGGUCAUAUACUUGCUCACUGCCGAUUGUUCAAAGAAAAACUGUUUCUCAAGAGGGGGAGGCUGAAAAUGUUCAGAGCGACGCUUCUCUGUGAUCCACUGAAACUAAGAGAUGCUGACAGAUACUCAUCUGAUUUGACUUGUUUUGAUGAAAAGAAAAAAAACCCACCUCUGUGCUAAAAUGAAACUUUACUGCGUGAAAGGUGCUUUCAUUGGACAUCUGAGUCUCUCCCCUCGCAACUGCCUGUUAUUCUGUAUGAUGUUUAUUACCCAGCAGCCAGAGAGCCAAAGGUUAGUACUCAUGUGUCUAGCCUAACAUUUCCCAUAGUGUGCAUGUGACUGCUCUGCCACGCUCACUGCUUUACAGGGUUGGGAAAAAUGGAUUACUUGUCUUGAGUCUUUGGAGGGAUCUGACUGUUCAAAACAUAAAAAUAAAUCCACUGUGGUAUUACAAUCAGAUCACAUGCUUUACAAAAGGCCAUUUAGUUUAUCGCUCUGAGACAGCCAUCGACACCUUUGACACAUACUCAAAAAAGUAUCCAUUUUUGGCUUGAUCCAAACCAAAAUAUAUUUAUCACACUUAAUAAAAAAGCAUUUUAUAGGUUUAAAACUGUAAAUCAAGAAGAAGUGGUCUGAGAGUGUUUGAAAGCAACUUUCCCAACCCUGCUGCUUUCUCUGCAGUCUUUUUGCCUCCUCUGUUUGUAAACUGUGCGCAUGUCCCUUUAAGAGAGAACAGCCCGAAACAGGGCGUAAAUGUGGCAUGGCUUUUACGGCUUAUGUAGAUUUGCAGUGCCCUCAUAAGCCAUUAUUUUUUACUCAAGAAUGGUCUGGCAGUCUGAUCCAGGUGUGGGCAAAUUUUGCUUUUAAAGACUGUGCAGUCCGCAGACAAAGCCGCGUGUCCAUCCGACAUAUGAUCUUUGCAAUGUCCUAAACUGUAUCGAAAAAGAUAAAAAAAAGUCAGUGAUGCCAUCCUUGUGAAGAGCAUCACUGUUGCUCAACCUGAGGGUUGAGACAGUUUGGACUGUGUUGAAAGGUCACCGAGCAUCUGAUGCAAAGAUCUGGACACACUGUGGUGAAACGCUCGUUUUCAAGCGAGGGGACAUGAAUGAUACGUCUUGCGUUUAUCAAAUAUCACAACUCUUGCCGCAGGUCACUUGGGGCAAGAUUUAGCUAAUGUAAUUCUUUUUUGGUGGAGGCCUAAAAAUAUAGCUUCUCUGCUCAUUUCUCUGGGAGCUCUAUCUCUCUUUCUCUCUCUGUAUUAUUUGUUCCCUUGAUUCUUGCACACAUGCACAACUCAUUUUCUACUGUGCAUCCCGUGUCUGUUCCCUUUAGUUUUGUAUUGAUUCCACUACUUUGUAAUGUGAGGGGGAUUUUGUUCCUCAUGUGAAGGCCGCACUAAUCUCCAGGGUGGGUGUGUUUUUGACACAUGAAGUUGUUUCUGCUGGCACAGGGUUACAUUGUGGUGUAAAUAUCUGUUUUACAGUGAGAUAACAGGUGGUUACAUUUAGAAAGAAAGGAACUCCUGAAGGAGUAGCUGAAACGUUGCUCCCUGUGUGUGUGUGCGUGUGUGUGACUCUGUGUGACAAUGUACAAUUUGACUGAGUGUAGCUUCCAGUGUAAAUAGAUACUUCAAUCAAACCUUGAAAAAUGUAACUUUGCCUGCAUAACUUAUUUUACUGUCUUGCAAACAAAGAGAAACCAAAAGAGAGAAGAGACAACUCAUACUGAAUGUAUCCUGUCUGUUCCCCAAACCUACAGUAUAUCUAACCUAAAGGGACAAAGCACAUCACGUGUUUUAAAGGUAUUUUCUUUUUGUGUCUUUGAACCAUAAAAAGAAAAGAAAUGCAAACAUUGAACAUUGUGACUGAAGGACUAAAAGAUUAUUUACAGAGGCUCAAAAUGUGCUCACCUGUUUGUAGAAAGUCAGAGAAGAGUUUUGUAUUUACUACUCAUAACCAGGUCAUAUUCACUGAAAGAUGCUAAUCAUAGCUGUUAUGUUGAAC